ACCCUAAAGUCAAGUAAAUCACAGUCUCUUGCAAAAGCUCAUUGCUGAUUCACCCUCCUGCCUCAGCCCAGCCUUGGAAGUUUCCCUCUGCCAGACAAAACCUUUGUGAGAGGAGAGCAAAGAUGAAAGUCUCUGCUCCUUUCACUGUUGUCUUGGCUCUGACUCUGAGCAGUGACUGUGCAAGGAUGCACUACAAAUCUGGGGCAGGAAGAGGCUCAAAACAUGAGUUCAUUCACCCACAAGUGUUUACGGAGGAUGGAAAUAUAUGCAAAUUUCCUUUCCGGUACGGUGGAAGGUUUUAUCACUCGUGUUUAUCAAAUCUAUUUUCCCAAAAGAAAUGGUGUUCAACAACACAUAACUAUGACCGGGACAGGAGAUGGGGACACUGUGUUUUGUUUCCCAAAGACCAUAGAGAUCACUGUGCAAACAACCCUUGCCAAAACGGAGGGACCUGCUCUCCUGCACAUGGCCAUCGGAGGUACCACUGUUCCUGUCCCGAGGAAUUCACAGGCGAGGACUGUCAGAUGAAGAAAUGUUUUGACAACAGUCUCUAUGAGUUCUUUGAUGUGGGCAUGAGCUGGUCAAGAGUCCAAGAAGGAGCUGUGGAGCAGUGCAUGUGUGUGGACGGCCAGAUUGAGUGUGAGAGUGCUGAACACAAAACUUGUGUUCAUGAUCCUUGCCUGAAUGGUGGAGAAUGUAAAAUGGUUACCCUCAGUGGGAAAACAGUGUGUGAUUGCAAAGGAAAUUUUGCAGGAAAGUAUUGCAAUAUUGUACCCAACCAUCGGUGCUAUGUUGGCAAUGGCACAGAGUACAGAGGUACGGCAAAGACAACCAUUUCUGGACACAGCUGCUUGCCUUGGAAUUCAGACUUGCUGUACCAAGAGCUUCAUGUUGACAGUGUUGAGAAAGCAGUACAGCUUGGCUUGGGGCCGUUCUCUUAUUGCAGAAAUCCAGAUGAUGAUGAGAAGCCAUGGUGCUACAUCAUGAAGGACAACAGUUUGUCUUGGGAGUAUUGUGAUAUUCCAUCCUGUGCAAGCAGGGAAAGGAAGCCACUAGUUCCAGACAAUGUAGAUAGUUUUGCAGUUACCAGAAGACCAUGUGGGAGAAGACACAAAAAAAGAAGUUUUGUGAGACCUAGGAUUGUUGGGGGAUCUUCGUCCCUGCCUGGAUCUCAUCCCUGGGCAGCAGCUAUAUAUAUUGGAGAGAGUUUCUGCGGUGGAAGCCUUAUUCAGACUUGCUGGGUUGUGUCAGCAGCACACUGCUUUGCUAACAGUCCACUAAAAUCCACUAUUACAGUAGUUCUGGGUCAACAUAUAUUUAAUAAAACAACCGAUGUAACACAAACAUUUGAAAUAGAGAAAUACAUCUUGCAUCCUCAGUAUUCUGUGUUCGACCCUACUGAGCAUGAUAUUGCUUUGAUUAAGCUGAAGAAGAAUGGCCAACGUUGUGCAGUCAAGUCCCAGUUUGUUCAGCCCAUCUGCUUGCCAGAAAGUAGCACUGUUUUCCCUGAUCAGUUCAAAUGUCAGAUUUCUGGAUGGGGACACAGGCAUGAGAAUGUAUCUGGUUAUUCAGAUAUCCUGCAAGAAACACUGAUUCCAAUCAUUCCCGAGGAAAAGUGCAGAAAUCCUGAAAUUUAUGGAACAGAAAUCACUGAAAAUAUGUUCUGUGCUGGCUACUUUGAUAGCAAAUCUGAUGCUUGUCAGGGAGAUUCUGGUGGACCUCUGGCCUGUGAGGAAAACGAAAUCUCUUACCUCUAUGGGAUUAUCAGCUGGGGAGAUGGCUGUGGCAGAGUCAACAAGCCUGGAGUAUACACACGAGUGACGAACUAUGUAAAGUGGAUUAAUGAGAAAAUAGCCCCUCGAAAAGCUAGUUGAACACUUGAAUACGAUAACCUUUGAAGCAGGGGUUAGGGGGUCUUUUGGUUUCAUUAAAGUGGCAUAAAUAUUGUACUAUAAGUUACAGUAUGGUAACUGUCAUGGUAAUUCUUAGCAAUUCCAAACUGGUGCUAGAAAUGAAAUUCCCUCCCCUCAGAAGUGAUCUCUUGAAUUUCAGGGUGACAGACACCAGUAGAUCAAGAUGAAGGCGCUCCUCGGCUAGCUGCAACAAACCAGUUCUGGGGAAAAAACAGGGGGUUUAGGUUUUGAUUCAACCAAACAUGUAAGCAUAUUUUUAUGUUCCACAAGCAUAAGAUCAGGAUCCUGCUUCAGAGCUCUGCUGAAUCUGAUGUGCAAUCUUCCAGCAAGGUUAAUGCAAUGCUCUCUGAGAACACAAGGCUUGCUGAAUAAUGUUGGGAGUCAGAGCACCUGAUUUCAGGCCGAUACAGUCAGGACCUUCUGCAGACUGUGAGCUGCUCCGUGCCCUGAGGACAGCAGUGGAACACUUCACCUUAAUGAUAAAUGCCUAAAUGUUUCAUCAAUUUGACAGUGUUUUGAAGCUGUCUUAGGUUUUGUAUUAACAGGCUGUUCAACUGUUUAGGUAAUUCAGAAAGGAGGUUGCUUUUAAAAGAGUUUUAAACUGGAUGGCUGGGGGAGCAGCUCAGCAUUUUCCUUGAGGAUUUGGUGAUCUCAUAAACCUCAGGCUUUGCUGUCAUGGUCUAUGGAAUUGUUAUGGGAACAAUCAAAGAAACUAUUACAAUAUAUAGCUACUGAGAGGCUGUGGAUUCAGCUUUGUUAACAAAAAAAAGGCAGAAAAUGAUUCAAUAAAAAAAAUCUCAUUGUAUAAAGAAUGGAAAACUGCAACUUUUAUUUUUUAUUAUUAUUAUUAACACAGGGAACCUUUAGCCGGGUCAGAUGUGUACAUUUGGAAGUGUCAAUGUGAACUGUAUUUCUUCUGAAAAUGAAUGUUUUGAAUUCUCCUGUUGUUUCAAGCAAAGCUCUGUUUUAAGAUAGAUAAUUUUGGUGCCUAGUUACUCAGAGAUAUGUUUCAUUUUGUAGUACUGGCAGCAUCUUCAUGGGUUCCUUAGUUGUGAUAAAUGAUUUCUGCAGUUAAAAGAAACUUGGUAAGGAAAAAUAACCAAAACCUGAAUUUGUUUAAGUGCAAAUGUAUAACAAAGUUAUCUAGAUAAAUGACGUAAACUGUUUAAUAAAAGGUUUUACCCUCUG